AAAAUCAAAACAUGGACUAACACCUGAUUCACCAACAUUCCUGCUGCAAUGAAAGAGUUUUUUUCGUAGAAUUUGAGUCGAUUUGAUUCAACAACAUAAUGAGUUGGAACGUGCAGCCAAUUAUUGAGGAUGCAAUGGCCGCCGCUGGUCGAGCGGUGACCUUUGACACGGCCGGGCAAAUCGGUCCUGCUUGCUACUUCUACCGAGAAGCAGCCAGGUUACUCGGGUUAGUUGCCAAUGCAGGAAUUCCAGCGGACCAGCAACAAAGUUGGCUCAUCAAGGCUCGUGAUUAUACCGCUAGAGCAGAGGCUUUGGAAAAUUCAGCCCCUCCGAAGAGCCCUGAAAAGGCUCAGUCUGAGGACCAAAAGAGCAUGUCAAAGGUGAAGUUUUUCUUCCACCAAGCUCUGGACGCUGAUGAAUCUGGGGACAAAGAUGCAGCUUUGGAAAUGUACAUGAAGGCCGUGGAGUUGAGUUUAGAGACUAAGAAGAUUACGCCUGACGAGAAGCUACAGUUAAAACUAAAGAAAUUAGCCACGCAAGCUCUGGAGAGGGCAGAAGCAUUAAAAGGGAUAACACAGAGCAAACCAGACACAAUCAGGUCUGUUGGAUUGAGGGCCGUACCUGAAGACAGCUCCCCAAACGAAGAACCUAGUGCGCCUGCUGCAGCACCCGCUUCCUCCUCAGACCGUCCUCCUCUACACAGAGGGGAUAGCGCCCAUUUAGUAGUGACCGGACAGUCGUCUUACACAAAGGAGGAGAAAUUGGUUCUGGAAAGGACGUCUAGAAUAAAUAAAAAUGAAUUUGUGCCAUUUAUGUCAGUUGAUCUGCGUGAACAGUUUAGACUCACCAUGCCCUACACAGACAAGUCUGGCUUCUUGGCCUUAUCACCAAAGCAGUCUAAAAAUUUCGCUCGCUGGGCACGUCCAGACGAAAUUUGUCCGAAUCCAGUCAUGUUUGGCGAAAAUGGUGUCGACUGCUGGAGCAUAAAACAAACCGUCGUGUCUGACUGCUCCUUUGUCGCGUCUCUAGCCAUCAGCGCCCUUUACGAAAGAAGAUUUAACAAGAAGCUGAUCACCUCAAUCAUUUACCCUUGCAACUCUAAGCAUGAUCCUGUGUACAAUCCGUUCGGAAAGUACAUGAUCAAGCUGCACAUUAAUGGAGUCGCUAGGAAGGUGGUCGUGGACGAUUUCCUGCCAGUUGGCAAGCAUGGCGAGUUGUUGUGCUCCUUUUCCACCAACAAAAAUGAACUAUGGAUCUCCUUGCUGGAAAAAGCCUACAUGAAAGUGAUGGGUGGAUACGAUUUUCCUGGAUCAAACAGCAACAUUGACUUGCACGCCCUGACUGGUUGGAUACCAGAGCGGGCGCCAAUGCACUCUGAAGAGGGUGCAUUCAACAAAGAUGCCUUUUUCACCACUUUGUUUGAGCGGCUGCACCGAGGGGAUGUUUUGGCCACAGUUGCCACCGGAGUGUUGAACCAAGCAGAUGCAGACAGAGCUGGACUUGUCCCGACGCACGCCUACGCCGUCCUGGACAUCAGAGAAGUCAAGGGUGUGAAACUUUUAAAACUGAAAAACCCUUGGUCCCACCUACGUUGGAGAGGAAAUUACUCUGAACUGGACACGCGGCACUGGACUGAGGACAUGAAGGCAGCACUCAAGUUUGAUCCAAACAGCGCCGCCAUGUUUGACAACGGCGUAUUUUGGAUCGAUUACGAGAGCAUUAUCAAGUUUUUUGAUGUGUUUUAUCUCAACUGGAAUCCGUCCUUGUUCAAAUACACCUUCUGCCUUCACCAGUCGUGGCAGGCUGGAUUGGGUCCCAUGAAGGAUGCCUUCAACGUUAGUGAAAAUCCGCAGUUCGUUCUGGACGUGCCCGCGACACAAAACAAGUCCAAUGUUUGGGUUCUGCUCACGCGGCACAUCACCCAAAUCGAAGACUUUCGAGAGAACAAUGAAUACAUCACGAUCGUGGUUUACAAGAACAAUGGAAAAAGGGUUUACUACCCUUAUGAGCCAAGACCCUUCAUUGAUGGCGUCCGGAUAAACAGUCCGCAUUACCUUACAAAAAUCCCAGUGAACGCUGGCGUCGCUGAAAAAAUCAAUCUAGUCGUCUCGCAGUACGAGAAAACCACGACAAUCUACUACACCUUACGGGCUUACUCCACAAUUCCAUUUACGCUAAGGAAAAUCGGCAGUUCGUUUGAAUAUAAAAAGGAGAUAAGUGGUGAGUGGAAGGCGGGCACUGCCGGUGGCUGCCGGAACCACAAAGCCACCUUCCUGACCAACCCUCGCUACCAGCUCAACCUGAGCUCUGUGUGCAACCUUCUGAUCAACCUGAAAGGACCCAAGCAGUACCCAAUAGGCUUUGAAGUCCUCUGCGUAGUCAGCUCGGACCAGAAUUCACCAGGGGCCUUCACAACAAAGAGCUCGGGGGACUUCAGGUCGGGUUUCGUGGUGCUGGAGCUGGAAGGCGUGCCGGCCGGAACGUAUGACGUGAUCGUGAGCACUUUUGUGCCCAACCAGUUUGGACCUUUUAUCCUAACCGUCAAGAGCAACAAUCAGUUCAAUAUGGCUGCGUUGUGAUUUUAUUAUUGAUUUUUAUUUUUUAACAUUAAAAUCGCAUUUUGUUUUUUGCAAACCAGUAAAAAUCA